AUGGCUACCUCGAGCAGGGGCGACGAGUAUUAUCGCAGCCUCUAUGCACAAGAGCCCAACUUCCAGCGUCUGGCACUGCGGGACGCCGACUUCAAAGCCAUCCUCAGCCCGAGCCACCAGCUCGACUUCACCGACCCGGCUGCCGUCAAACAGCUCACCAAGACCCUCCUCAAGCUCCAUUUCGACACCAACAUCGACCUGCCCGACAACAGGCUCUGUCCUCCUGUCCCGAACCGGCACAACUACAUACUAUGGCUCAAGCGCCUGCUCGACUCCACCUCGUACGAUGAGCCCGGCGGCAGGCUCGUCGGCCUCGACAUCGGCACCGGCGCCUCCUGCAUCUACCCCUUGCUUGGCUGUGCCCAGCGGCCAUGGUCUUUCAUCGCCACAGAUGUCGACCCCGACAACUUGAAGCACGCAGAGAGGAAUGUGCAGCUCAACAACCUGCAGUCUCGCGUCCAGGUCCUGCCCCGGAGCCCCGCAGACCCCCUGGUGCCCCUGGACGAGCUCAACCUGGACAGGAUUGACUUUGCCAUGACCAACCCGCCCUUCUACGAGUCCGCCGACGAGAUGCUCAGGCUGGCCGGCAUCAAGGCGCGUCCGCCAAGUUCCGCAUGUACCGGCGCCCCCGUGGAGAUGGUCUGCACUGGCGGCGAGGUCGCGUUUGUCAGCCGCUUGCUGGAUGAGUCCCUGCGCCUCAAGGAAAGGGUCCAAUGGUACAGCUGCAUGUUCGGGAUGGUGUCCAGCCUGGAGACCAUGGUGCACAAGUUGAGGGAGCACCGCGUCGACAAUUACGCCGUCACCGAACUCGUCCAAGGCAGCAAGACGAGGCGAUGGGCUGUGGCCUGGAGCUUCGGGCCCAUGAGACCUGCCCAGGAUGCUUGCAGGGGCGUCAAGGCCACCCCCUGGAGAAAGGUACUGCCCAACAUCGUCGAGGUGGAGGUCUCGACCUUGCACACGACUGAAGAGGUCGGCAGGACGGCCGACAGGCUUUCCAAACUGGUGGCAUCACUGCAGCUUUUGUCUUGGGAGUGGGACCGGGAGAAGCUGAGCGGUGUUGGACGGGCCAGUGAGAACGUCUGGAGUAGGGCAUGGCGGAGGAAGAGGAAGCGCGACAAGGAGCGCGAGGCCUCACCAGCCGCUCAGGAUGCUGUGGAAAAGGCGCAGUGUGCCUUGGGCUUUUCCGUAUCAGUGAGUGUCCAAAAGACGACUGGUGCUGUCAUCUGCAGGUGGCGGGAAGGCCAUGAUGAGUCCAUCUUCACGAGCCUGUGUGGCUUCUUCAAGACACGACUUCAAACCCCCAGCACGAGUAAAACUACUGAAUGA